GGAUCGGUAUCGUCAUAAUUUGGCGAGCCUUUCAAGUAUGGAAUACAAAUCUGAUGAUGAAAGUUCGUGUUUGGAGGAACAACCUGCCGCUGAUAGUAAACACACACCAAAUGGUUGUUCCAAACGAAGCAGGUCUUCAGACAGUGAUACGCCAUCAGUGUCAGGCUAUACAAAGAAGAAGAAAAACGACGCUAGAUGUUUACCACAGAGCGUUUCAUGUUGGUCACGGCUUUACACAGAAAGACUAGGUAUCUUCUUCAACGAGAAGGCAACAGGAAUUACGGAAUUCUUUAAGUUAUCAGAGACGAGUUACGCUUUUGAUUAUCCGCUGAAAGGGGAAAAUAAGAAUCUUCUCGACACUUUGGUUAAUGUAACUAAAGAAAAAAUGUGCAAGGCCAGAAUACUGAAUUGGUCUGUCACAGAGGAAGCAACGCAAGGGUUUCCUUUUCUGGAAGAAAGUGCCCGAUGUCAGGACAUACUAGCAGAUUUACAUGAUAUAGCUGUAAAGGAUGAAUAUCCAGACAUGCAUACAGUUCAGUACCUUAGAAGAAGUCACUACAAAGUUGAGGAAUUCUUUAUGCAGCUACAAAAACUUUAUUUGAAGAGAAAAGAUGGUGAAAAAUUAGCAGGGAGUGAUUUCAGACAACUGUUAGCUGGAUUUUCUAGAGUUUUCCAUCUUAAUGUAGAACAAGUUUUAAGUAAAAGAACAAUGAAGAUCGGAAGUUCCACAAUAUCAAGUGUACCAGACUUGUGUUUUUGGGCACAGUUUCCAUUUCCUCUGUACAGCGUAACCAUAGUUACUGUGGCUGAGGUAAAACUGGAUGAGAUGAAACAGGUAGAUGAAUCUAACAACUUUGAGAUCAGUAUGGCAGUAGGCAACAAAGUGCUCGGACGACAUGCUGGUGAAUUACUUCUCGAAGUAGGCAACUCAGCUUUUCGGAAUGUGGCUUUGGGAAUCAUCUGUAUGCAGACAAUGAUAAUUUUUACGUACUUGGAAAUCAGUCCUAAACAUCUGGCUCUGAUCGAGGAAAAGGGUGAUGCUGACUGCAGACUUGAAAUCGAUGGAAAAAGAAGUGGCACCAUCUACUACACAAGGCCUUAUGAUUAUAUGGUGGAGAAGGACAGAUGUGAAAUUUUGGAGUUUCUAUUUUGGUUAGGCCUCCAUUCACUUCCACUGGACUAUAGACCUAAGCCAGCGAGGGUGUAGUCAACGACUGAUAGUGAUCCAUUGAUGACUGAAAUUUAUACAGCCAAAUUUUAAAGCAAUUCAAGAUGAGGUUUGUGACUACAGGGAGACGACUCUGCAAGGAUCACCCAAAUGUUUGAAUAAAGUGGAAUUUGAAAUUGUAUAAUUGAUACAAGCUUGCAUGGUGAUGUAAAUAAAUUUCAUAGUUUAUUGUUAACCCAUACAUGGUUGAAAUUUAAUUGGGGAAAAAAGAAAUCAAAAGUGAAGCAUCAAAGUCCACACAAACUCAUUAGAGAUUGAAGUCAUUCUCUGGAAGAUCUGUUGAAAGCUGAAUCAAUUUUUGUGUCGCACAUUACCUCUCCAUGGGUAUGCUGUGUUGGAUGGGAGCCACAUCAAAACAACAUCAACAUCAAGAAAACGUGUGGGCUGGGAAGCAUAUUACUGCUUUUUCGGAUUACCAUUUCUGAAUGAAAGCAUUCUAGGUGUCCUAUAAUUCAUAUACACAUUCAUUUCAAACAUGAACUCGGAGCUCGCUUAAUAAAUCAGUGACUGGAGAUUUGGAAUCGGUGUAUAGAAUUAAAUCCGGACUCGUGAAAGCGGACAUUGCAAAAUGUUUGUGUUACACUAUUUGAACUUUCUACCAAAACAUUGAACACGCAAAUGUGUUAUGUUCUGUUCUUUGUUGCCGUAAUUGUAAUUUUACUUCAGAACAGAAAUCUCAAAAGUUCUGAUAUUGUACCAACAAAAACAAACUUUUUGACAGAAUUUUAACUAAAAUUGUUAAGCAAUAUAGAUUGUGUUGCAUGUUCAUAAUAUAAAAGUCACUAUUUUUAAGUGUAAAAGUGUUUAUAUGCACAAAUCACGAAUUUUUAAAAAUAAAAGUUUUAAAAAAAAUCCA